GUUUAGGAGCCACUGUGCAAGGAACUACGCGAAUAAAGGUACACAGAUCGAGUAUAUUUCAGUCAGUCUGCAAGAGACAGCAUUGUUGGAUACACACGAUCGUUGAGUAGAUGACGUGGGUAACCGACGACGAGGAACUGAUAAAGUAACAUAAUGAUAAGGCGUAACAGAACCCUAUUGCGAAGCGAAAUCAACUUACACACGGCUAAGAUUCGUGAUAAGAAGAAUUGGACAAAAGAACUACCCGUUUUUGUGAAAACGUCAACCUUUUAAUUUGUGACAAAUGUUUAACGACUUAUCAAUAACACACUUUGGUUUGUGUUAAAAAGAUGUCGUCACGAAAGUGUGAUACUUGUAAAAAGAAAGGUGCAUCAACAGCUGCUGUUUUGUUCUGUAAACAAUGCUCCGUCCAUUUAUGCGAGCAUUGCAAAAGUAAACAUGUGGGGUGGCUUUCGCAGGCUUUGGGGCUGGCGCGAUUGAAACAUACUUUUGUUCCUAUCGAGGAACAUAUCAGCCACGAGGCACAGGUUUCGUCAGACGCCGAUGAACAAGACGCUGUGAAAGUCGAUAAACAAGACGCUAAACAAGACGAUGUGCCGGUUCACAACCCGCACGGCCGAUUAAAAAGAGAACCAGGUAAGCCACAGAGUGUCGAAACUACUGCAGAAUCAGUAUUACUUGCUUGGGUUAAGCCAACCGAUAAACGUGCAGGCGAUUUAUACCAAGUUAGAUAUAUCGAAGUAAGUAAAGAGAGAAAACCCCGAUGGGCUACUUUUCAAGUUAUGUUCAACACAGAAUGUGGAAAAAUAGAUGGACUGAAGAGUAAAACAACCUACCAGUUUGUCGUUAGAGUUGUUGAUGAAGAAGGCGAAGAAGGACCAAAAAGCGAACCAAGCGAUAUUAUCAAAACAUUUGAAUCCCUUGGAACCCGGCUUAUCAGACACUCGAAAGUACUAGAACAAAUGAAAGACCAUCCAACGACGUACCUCCCUGCGGUGCAGGAAAUUAAAGAAGCCAGGAACAUAAAAACAAAAGUCAGGAAGUUUGAAAUCGGUAAGCGAGAUAAGUUGAUCAGCGAAGAAAAAACUAUACUGGUUGUUGGAGAAACCGGAUGCGGAAAAAGUACUCUGAUAGACGGCAUGUCGAAUUAUAUCUUUGGUGUCAAUUUCAACGAUCCUUUUCGCUUCAAAAUUGUCACCUUAGAAGCAGAAGAAAAAGAGCGACUCGGAAAUCAGGCAUUAUCACAAACAGACUGGAUUUCAUGUUAUACUAUUCACCCACAAAACGGAAGUCGUUUAAAAUACACUUUGAAUAUCAUAGAUUCUCCCGGAUUUGGAGACACUAGAGGUCUCGAGCAAGAUCAGAAGAUAGUUGACCAGAUGCGAGAGUUAUUCACUCAUGACGAACCGAAGGGAGUGCAGAAUAUCGACGCGGUUUGCUUUGUGGUAAAAGCCUCAGAUUUAAGAUUGACAUCAAUUCAAACCUACAUUUUUGAGUCAAUCAUGUCCCUUUUUGGGAACAACAUUGAGGAAAAUAUAUGUACGAUGAUAACAUUUGCUGAUGGUACAAAGCCCAUGGUGUGUGCUUCCCUAAAAGAAUCCAAAUUGCCCUUUGGGGAGUACUUCACCUUUAACAACUCUGCAUGGUUUGCUGCAAAUGAAAACACUGAUCCAAAUGACAUGUCAUUGUCACUCUGGAAUAUGGGAAUGAAAAGUUUCAAAGAGUUUUUCAACCAAACAGAAACCUUCAAAACGGAAAGCCUUCAAUUGACAGGCGAAGUUUUAAUCGAACGAUAUAGGCUGCAAAUGACACUCAAGAACUUAGAUGUAUACACUAAACUUGGUUUGGCAAAGGUCGACCAGAUCAAAUGUGAAAAGAAGGCUUUUGAAGAUGCAAUCAACGACAUGGCAAGACACGAGAAAUAUACUGUCACAAGGAACGUCGUAGUACAAAUAAGAGAGGAUCCGGAAAAGGGGUUUAUAACAUUUUGUACAACAUGCCAGGUUAUGUGUCACGAGGAUUGUAUUUAUGAAAACAACGAUGACAAAAUAAAGUGUUAUGUCAUGGAUGAAAAACACUUUUGCACAGUGUGCAGAGGGAAAUGCUUUUGGACAGCACAUAAAAACUUCAUACCCUCGGUUUAUAAAAGUAUCACCAUAACAGAAACGGAAACCCUUGAAGAAAUAAAAGCUAAGUACGAAGAAGCGGUCAAAAGAAAACUCACAAAAAAGCAAACAAUUAAAAUCAUGAAACAUGACCUAGAGAAACUUGUUGAAGCAAUUGAAGGUAUGAUAAGAGAAAGUCAAAGGUGCCUCAAAAGGUUAUCUGAAAUUGCACUUCGACCAGAUCCAUUGACUAUGACGGACCACAUACAGCUGAUGAUAGAGGGCGAGAAAAAAGGUGGAAAACCUGGAUGGGAAAAUAGAAUUAAAGUGUUGGAGGGAAUCGCGGACUUAGCUGAACUUCAGCAACAAGUUGCAGAGAGUAAAGGCGAUGCUAUUCGGGAAUUUCUCAAAGUUUAUGAAUCAAUUGUCUAACCGGAUAUGUCAUUGUGCAAAAGGAUAGAUCACUGAUCGAGGAACCGGUUCCAGACAUUGGUUGUGUUAAAAAUACUGUUUUAUCGACAUGGAAAGGGAAACCAUCUAUUUGAAUUCAACGCUAUGACGCAAGAAAUUGGGGAUUUAAAAAAAAAUGUUCGCUGUAUUGCGAAAGUACGAUGGAACGUGUGUAUAUAUCGUUGGUUUGCAACAUUUAAACCACAUGAGUAGAACUACAUAAGUUUGUUAAAUGUUUUGCUGUCAGUUUGCCUUCAGAUGCGUUUACAAAAAUGUAUGAGUUAUCUGUACAAAGAGUGCGUUUUUAAACAAAAGCGUGCGUUUAAUUAUCAUACAAAUAACGCGUUUAUCGUACAGAUAUUGCGUAUAUGUAACAUUCAGAUAUGUACCAGACGUAUCACGGUCAUGACAUGAAUUAGCCACGAUUUUCGGGCUGGUCACGUAUUUGUGUCUUACAUAUAUGUAUCAUUUCAUUAGGCAUAGUGUGACAUUACAUUUAGAGAAAAGCAAAAAUGAAAACAUUAACAUCAUUGAUUUAAUCAAUCUAAACAAAUUGCCUUUAUAAAAUAUCCAGUCUGUCAGAUCGUAAUCAAAUGAAGAAUUUGCAGAAGUAUUUAUUUCGUGGCAAAUGUUUUUCAUUGCAAAUUAUUUUACGUAUGUUUUUUUUUAUUAUUGUUUUUCCUGUUUGCCACAAAAGCUCAAUUUUAUCUAUAAUUUUUAUUUACAUGUUUUAUCUAGUUUACCUUUUGCCGAAAACCAUAUGUCAAUAAAUUAGUGUUGUUUGUAUUGGUUGCAUAUGUUAUACUAGUUUGUUUUGUUACUUUCAUUUCGAAUGAGGGAGUUCAACACGGCUGGACCUAUAGUCCAUCUAUAACGGUAGUUCUUCAGCAGAAUAAAUAGCUAAAGAAGUAAAAACAUGCAGACUGUAUAUGGAAACUCCGACCCGAUGGCACCUGCGUUGCCAGGUAACGAGGCUUCCGUAAAGAUAGUUCUUCAGCAGAAUGCAGGCCACAUAUUCAUGCUUGGUGUGUAAAAAGGCAUCGAAAUGAACGGUGCACUCUCAAAUCAUGUACUAUAAAAUCAUAUGCGGCUGCACUUCGGCCGUAGAGACGUGAGGAAUAUUGCAAAAGUCAUCAGGUGAACCAUAGUACACAGGAAACAAACUUUUACGGCCUAAAAUUUAAUUACAAUGUCAAAGAGGCGUUCAUGUGCCUAGGUCAUAUGUUUCCUUUAUUAUAAUUGUACAAAAUGUAUUGAGUUUGUUCUAUAAUUUGUUUUCAUAACAGCGUAGCAUGUACUGUGUUGAUUGGGAAAAUAAUCUGUAUGUGUAUCAGAACAUUUAUCGACUUUAAAUUAAAGUUGAAAAUCAUGAACUCAAUUUUAAAAUUGCACUGCGGAGUAAAUGCGACAAGAAAAUAAGAAUUUUGGACAAGAUCAUUUUUUUCAUCGAAUAGUUUGAUGUUUGACUUAAAAUAAAGUAUUGAUUCUACUGAACUUUUAUCAGAAGUGUUGAAAAAGACACAUGUGGUGUUAGCUCCUGUGUAACACAGUAAUGCGAAGAUAUUGCAUAUUGAAAUUGGUUGUUUCUAUUCAUUGAUUUUUCUGUGUAUCCUUGAUCAUUAAAUCAUUGUAUUUCAUGCUUUAAACAGUCAUAGGUUUGUGUUUUUGUAUACAAUUAUCAUAGAAUUGAUUGCACAAAUGUUCACCAUCAUAUUUCAACCUGUGUAUGAAAAAAUCCAAUUUUGGAUACUUAUGCUAAUGUUGUCAUCGUUACUGGUGAGAUAUUACGUGAUACAUCCAUUAUUGCACCUUAAACGAUAGUUAUACCUACAUCUGUUUAAUAUAUAUCGAUAAAGUAUAACUAUUAAAGCAACUAGUACUAAGCAUUUUUGAAAUAUCUUUGCUUUCACUAACAUUUUGUUUAUACUUAUUUAUUUUAGCUCGAUUGUGAGACAGCUGAAAGCUGUUAUUAAUAACUAUCAAAUUCGUUUCCAGGGCAAUACAUAAAUCGUGUACAAAAUAAAGUGAAUACUGUGACUAAGUUACGCUUAGAUAACUAUGUGCUAGUCUAUAGAGAAUCUUUGUGAAAAUUGAUACUAUGAAUACUUAUGCGAUAGUCUGUAGUGACAUUCGAUAUAUUUAAGUAUAGUGGCAUGUGAUAGAAAAUGUCUUACUAAUGAAGGAUGUCUAUACACUUUUUUUCCAAGACUCGUUGAUUUUUUAUUGUAUAAGAAAUGGCGAUGUAUAUCCUUUAUCAUGUACUAUAAUGUGUGAAUUUGUUUUGCUUUGCUUUUUUUCUAUGGUGAAAGAGACUGCUUCAAUUGCUUUACUCUUUGUCAAAUUGAGCUUUCUAGUGUAUUAGCAAAUGCUUGCAUCUAAAUACUUUAAAACAAAUCUUUAAAAGUCCGUCUUCUCUUUCAUGAUAUUUUUUAUUUCCAUUUUAAAAGGGUUAUUUGAUAUUAAGUGUGUUUCAAGAUUAUAUAUCAUGAAAACAAUUGUAUCACCGAAAACCUUACUCAUACAUAUAUUAUAUUGAUAUAACGUUAAAAUGUAAAUAAAUGAAUAGUGGAAGAAAAUUAUGUGCGGAUCAACUAAAAUCGCCUUUUAUUCAAAUAUCUGUGUCCCACCACGCUUCUGUGCCAAGCACCUCGGAAAUAAAUUUAAGCAAACUUUUCAACUGCGACAGACUUUGUAAUCUUAGCAAAACAAUGAUUAGUAACCGAUAUUACUCAUUAUUACCAAUAUUUGUUAACACAUUAAAUAAGAAGAAUUUCUAAAACUCGUUGAAAUGUUUUCUUGUAUAAGGAAUGUUGGUAACCAUUUACCAUUACUUGUAAUAUGUAUAUAUGUUUUGUUUUGCAUUUCUACUAUGGUGAAAGGGACUGCUUUGAUUUUGAGGUUUCUAAUUAAUCAGCCAAAGCUUGUAUCUUAAUGCUUUACAUAAUCAUUAAAAGUCCGUAUUCUUAUUCAUGAGAGGUUUUAUUUCCAUUUUUAGAGGUUUAUUCGAUAUUCGAUUUAGUGUGUUUCAGGAAAAAAUAUCCUGAAAAAUUGCAUCUGCAAAAACCUUAGUUCUACGUUUAUAAUAUUGUUUUGAACGUUAAAAUAUAAAUAUAUCAUACUUAGUGGAUGCAAUUAUUUGUGGAACAAUUUCAUUUGAAAUUUUAUUCAAAUAUAUUUGUCCAAGCAAGCUAUUGGGCCAAUGACGUCAGAAAGAAACUUAAGUAAACUUUUUAACUUCGGCUAGCUUUGAAAUCAUUGACGUUCUGCUAGGAGAAUUUCGGAUAACUAAUAACAAGGGACUUUUCGUCGAAGGUACGAACUUUCCAAACAUUUAAACUUUCUACGGAUAUAUCUAUUACAAAAGCAAUUCCUAAAAACUAAUUUUGUCAAUUCGUUCUAGAAGAUAUGAAUAAUACCCAAACUUAUUUUGUCCACAAAGAAAUGCAUAAACUAAAUCUUAUUAUAGUGAUUGCAAAACAGCUAUCAAUUAUGACUAAUAUUCGUAGCAUAAGAGAAAUUUUGUUUCUGUAAUUUCAUA